AUGUCCCGCGCACAAGACGCCGUAGGUAUUUUGCGAGGCCUCAAAAUCGUGGCCGAUGCAGUGGGCAAAUCGCAAUCCGAGUACGCUAAACAUCUUUGGGCCAAUUCGAGCGUACGUGAAGCCCUCGAGCAGCAACUCGCUACCGGAGAACAAUCAGUAAAGCAAGUGCUCAAUAAUCCAACAAAGGAGUUGGAGAAGGCUGGCGGAGUGCUGCGUGAAACCAUCGAACGAACAGCAGUCGUUGCGGAAGGCUUACGGCAACUGACCGCGGCUGCUAUACCGAAAGUUGGGCCACUAUCACCCGAUGCCUUUUUGAGUCAACGUGUUUAUGCACCUGGCACUGGGUCGGCUACAGCUGCGGAACAACCGGGUGACAUAGCCAGCCUGGACAUUUCCAAGAUAACGUUAAAAGAACUGGAAACGAUUCUAUCGGAACAUAACAAAAAUCGUGAAAUAAAGUUAAGUUUGGACAAUAGUAAGACGGCCAGAGCAAAACCCGCUGAACCAGUCGUUGAACCGGAGAUACCAACUGCACCGCAGCCUUCAACAACAUCAUGCACCAAUCUACCUCCAGAGCCGGCUCGUGCAACGAAAGCUUUUACACACGAUGAGCAGCAGAUAGAAAAGAUGAUGCAUUUUGUUUCCUCGUAUGAUAAGAACCCUUCUGUACUAGGACAACCAGUGGCACCACCGACUACUCCAGUACAACCAAUCGAACUACCUCAGCUAAGCACCGUCGCAAAGCAGCGCAAAGUGCCGUCUUCUCGUGUGGCACGACUCGCAUCAUUUGGUGGACUUUUCGCCGGUCUUGGGUUGGGCACGGUUAAUGAACUCGCCAAAGGUGCUCUCGGCAUCGGAGGAACGCUAGACGUGAAGCAAGCUCUCUUCAGCCCUACCAAUGCCGAACGAAUCGUGGACACACUCUGCAAGGUCCGAGGUGCUGCCCUAAAACUGGGACAAAUUCUUAGCAUUCAAGAUUCCAACAUCGUUUCACCGCAGUUGGUGAAAGCGUUCGAACGCGUUCGGCAGGCGGCCGAUUAUAUGCCAGACUGGCAGGUGGAAAAACAGCUCGUGAGCGAGCUUGGGCCGGACUGGCGUUCGAAGUUGCAAAGCUUCGAUCAAAAACCGUUUGCCGCUGCCUCAAUCGGUCAGGUACAUCGUGGCGUUCUGAAGGACGAUGGGAUGGAAGUAGCGAUCAAGAUUCAGUAUCCGGGCGUUGCCAAAAGUAUUGAAAGUGAUAUCGAUAACUUGGUGUCAAUGCUGAAGGUAUGGGACGUGUUUCCGGCCGGUGUUUUUAUCGAUAAUGUGGUAGCGGUGGCCAAGCGUGAAUUGGCCUGGGAGGUGGAUUAUACACGCGAGGCCGAAUACACGGAACGAUUCGCCGAGAUGAUACGACACAUGCCCGAAUACCGCGUACCACGCGUGGUGAAGGAACUCACCUCGAAGAAUGUGCUGACGACUGAGCUUGUCCCGGGUGUACCGAUGGAUCGAUGCUUUGACAUGAGUCAAGAACAUCGGGAUCACAUCGCUUAUUGCGUGAUGAAGCUCUGUCUGAACGAAUUGUUCACUUUCCGAUGCAUGCAGACGGAUCCAAAUUGGUCCAAUUUCCUUUACGACGCAUCGACGAAACAGGUUAUGCUGAUAGACUUCGGUGCGACUCGCUUCUACCAGAAAGCAUUCAUGGACGAUUACUUAAGAGUUAUUAUUGCGGCCACGAAAAACGAUCGCCAACAGAUACUGGAGCUAUCUCGCAAGAUGGGUUUCCUUACUGGCUAUGAAACGCCUGCAAUGGAAAAUGCACACAUCGACGCAGUGCUCAUACUAGGCGAAGUGUUUAGCGUACCGGGUGAGUUUGAAUUUGGGCGACAAAGUACCACAAAGAAGAUUGCGUCACUAGUGCCGGUAAUGAUCGCCCAUCGGUUAUGUCCACCACCGGAAGAAAUCUAUUCGCUGCACAGAAAGCUUUCUGGGGUGUUCCUACUGUGCGCUCGGUUAAACGCAAAGAUCGAUUGUAAGCCUAUAUUUAAUGAGGUGAUGAAGAACUAUAAAUUUGACUAA